GACGGGAUGUACAGAUGACCCCGUUUGACCCAUGCUCAUUUGCGCGGGAAAUUUCUUUCAAUAUGGCUACUUCCACGAAGGAAAACUAGCAGUUUCUUGAUUUUGAGGUCCUUUCCCCCCAGCUUUCUUGACCAGGAAGACCAUGGCGGCUGUUCCAGAUUACGAUUACCCGUUUGAGUACGAUGAUAACUUCGAGGCGGACUUUGCUGACGAGCUGGAGGUCCUGGAUGAGAUGGACGAUGUUCCUGGUAUGUCUAUCAAACCAAGCAGCCAGGAAAAAUCCAAACGAAGUCUGAAGUUCUCCACACCAAAAGAAAAGAGUGGGGCGAGGCUGAACGGUUCCAGUGUAGUUACUGGUGACAGUCAGCAGCAGAAGAGGGACCUGUCAGCUGUGUUUGAACUGCCUGAAAGUGACGAUGAAGACAACAGCUCAGCUUCUAAGAAGAGACGUGUGAUGACGGCCCCUUCUGACCAGGCUGAUAUCCAGGAUGCUGAUGAUGACGACUUUGAAAUCACUCCUCCGUCAUCACCGGAUGUCAUGGCCAAGGUUCAGCAGUACCGAGAAACGACGGUCAGGACUGCUGACCAGUCUGCAGCACAGGCUAGAGAACAAGUGACAAGUCAAAGGCCAUCCCAAUACCAAACUUGUUUCUUAAGACGACCUCCUUCUGGCAAGUUUGUGACAGUGACAAAUGAAGAUGGUGAGAGGAUGUACCUGAAGGAGCAUGAGGACACCCUUCAUGACAGCCAGAAACUGAGUGGCCAUACCCUGCCAGGAGGUAGAUCCUUACAGCUCCUGUCAGUCUCCUUUCAGCAGUUGAAAGACCAGGUGGAAGAGGAGAGAAGGAGAAAAGUACUUGCAGAAUCUGAAAGACUUACAAGAGAAAUAAACAGGCAACUUGAUAACGACCUUGGAACUGAAGGUGAAGAGGAAGAUGGAGGGGCUUCUGACAAGGAGAAUGCUGGGAAACCUGCUGGAACAGGAUUAUGGGUAGACCAGUUCACACCCGCCAACUACACAGAACUGCUCAGUGACGAGGGCACUAAUAGAACCCUUCUGACAUGGCUGAAGUUGUGGGACACUGCAGUCUUCGGUCGCGAGAGGAAGGUGAAGAAAAAGGCUGCUGAUCAGAAGAAAGGACCCUUCAACUGGCUAGCAAAGAGAAUGGAAGAGGAGCUUGUCCAGGAUGAAGACAGUUGGAAGCGUCCGCAGAAGAAGGUUGCGCUUCUGUGCGGGCCCCCAGGGCUGGGGAAGACAACCCUGGCCCACGUGAUCGCUCGGCAUGCUGGGUACAACGUGGUGGAGAUGAACGCAAGUGAUGACCGCAGCCCUGAGGUGUUCAAGGAAAGGAUAGAAGCUGCCACGCAGAUGAAAGCAGUGAUGGGGGCAGAUCCACGACCCAACUGUCUCGUCAUAGAUGAGAUUGAUGGCGCUCCUCAGGCUGCCAUCAAUGUUCUGCUGGAUGUCAUCAAAAGGAAGGACCAAUCAGGGGAGGCUGGUCCCCAGGGCAGGAAGAGGAGGAGGCGGGAGGGUGGGGUUCUCCUCAGGCCCAUCAUCUGUAUAUGUAAUGAUCUAUAUGUCAUGUCUCUGCGGCGCCUGCGUCCAUUAUCUCUGGUGCUGCACUUCCCGCCCACCGACGCUACGCGCCUGGCCGGCAGACUGUUUGAGAUUGCCCGCAGGCAGAGCGUACGGACUGACAUGACGACCCUCCUGGCCCUGUGUGAGAAGACUGAGAAAGACAUCCGGUCAUGUGUCAACACCCUCCAGUUUGUGCACAGCCGCGGCACAGACCUGUCUCUGUCUGACGUCCACUCCAUGGCGGUGGGGCAGAAGGACCAACAGAAGGGCCUCUUCACUGUCUGGCAACAGAUCUUCCAGGUCCCCAGACAGAAAAGGAAGAGGUGGAAUAACCCCCAUGACGUAGCGGCGGGGCAGCUGCAGGCAGGUGAGGAUGUGUCUGUAACACAGCCCCACACACCUGCCGGCCGCUUCCAGCACAUUCUGCACCUGACCUCCGGCAACGGGGAGUACGAGAAAACCUGUCAAGGUCUCUUUGAGAACUACCUGGAGGCCAAGUUCAAAGACGCGUACCUAGAUGUUGUCACCAUGGGCUGUGAAUGGCUAGGCUUCUACGACCUCGUAAACAACAUCAUCAGCCACAUCCAGACCUUCAUCCUGAUGCGCUACAUCCCCUACACAUUCGUGGCCUUCCACAUGCUGUUUGCAGGCUCAACUGCGCCCAAGUUGUCCUAUCCUAGCAGCCAAUAUGAGUGCUACCAGAAGAUGACAGAGACCCAGAGUCUCCGUGCUGCCCAGCAGGGUGAGAUGUCUGCUGUCAUCAGGAGUCGCGUGUCUCAGUCUGCUUUCCUCCUGGAGCUUCUGCCUGCACUGUUGGACAUCAUACAGCCCAGCUUCAGACCUGUAAACUCUCAGCUGUUCAGUGCGAAGGAGAAACAACAGAUGGCAGACCUGAUCCACACCAUGAUUGCCUACAACCUGACAUACCAACAGGAGAGAACCCAGGAGGGACAGUACCAGUACUUGCUGGAACCGAACAUGGAAGAGGCUAUACGGUUCAGCGACCAACCACCCAAGAAACAGCUGACAUAUGCAGCCAAACAACUCAUCGCAAAGGAGAUUGAGGUGGAGAAGAUGAGACGAAGUGAGGCUCUGCUGAUGAGCAGAAACAGGAACCUUCCAACGCCCGAGGAGAAGGUUCAGAAGACAGGGCAGAAGUCAGAUGCUACAGCUGAUGGAGCUGUGCCCAACCAUCUGGCCAAGCUGCAGCCAAAGAAAAUCGCUGUAGCUGAGGAGAAGCCUGCUGUGGAUUUCUUUGGUCGAGUGAUUAAGAAGAAAACACCUGAGAGGAAUAAGGAUGCUUCAAUCAGUAACCAAAGCAACAGUCGGCAAGUCAGUAGGGCAGGAAUGGGCACCAUCUUCUACAAGUUCAAUGAAGGAUUCUCCAACGCCAUCCGUAAAAACAUUCCCAUACAGGACCUGUUGUAACAAUGCAGCCAUGUAAUUUUUUUGCCUGGGUUAUUGCCAUUAUGAGGAACAUUGGAUCGUCAACUACAUCAGUAUGAUUUUGAUAACUUAUAUAGUCUGCUAAAGCGUGGCUGAAAAGUUAGUUGCUCAUUGAGGUUCAACAGUACAUUUGACUUGUUAUGUGGUACCAUAGAUUUCAACCUGUCUGAUGGCAACCAUGUAAUUGAUGAUAAUCUUAGGUUUAUCGUCGUUCAGUUUCACCUCCACAUGAUUAAAAAACAUUGAUGGAUGGCAUUGGUUGUGUCAUGAUGGAUGUGACUUAAGACUGGUCCACAGGCAGUCUCAGGCUUCUUCGACUGUAUCCAUGCAGGCUGACAAUGACAGUCGGCGAACCAGAAAAUUUAUAACAAUCAUGAUUAGUAUCUGUGAUUGCUGACCGAGAAAUGGCAUAAUUGGUACAAGAAUCUCAUAAAGGGAAAUGAUUAUGGUAAAAUCUAGGCAAGGAAUUGUGUAGUAAUUUUACUUUCUCAGUAAAGAAGUCUACAGAUGUAGAUGCACAUCAAUUUGAUAUAUAGAACUGGUGUUUGUUAAAUGUAAUGAGGUGCCUACAAAAUUCCAAAAAGAUAUAACCAUUUUGUUAUGAUACAUGUACGAUAUUUUCUAUACACUACGUAUAAGUAUGUAAUGGAUUAAUGAUGCUUUGGUUCUAUGAGUACAGUCACCAAGGUAUGUCAUAAUUGUUAUAGUGUAAAUCUGUACAUGUCAAGAACAAUUGUUUAAGAGGUACCUUCAGUGUCAGCAUAAUAUUUUUUUCAGGAAGGCUUCUGUACCUCCUGAAAGAUUUAUCAAUAAUGCCAGAGCUAUUAUGUUGAUAUUGCUGUCCCUUGGCAUAAUGAUGUUUUUUUACAAGAUAAGACAAGAGACACUUGGACCAAACAGAUUAUAUGGGACUUCAAAUGUUGGUUGUGCUAUUAUUGGAAAAUAUAUUUA